CUGCGGCCUAUUGAAAAAUUGAAAUGUCUCGGUACUCUGUUAUGCCGUGGCAGUUUCUGAAUAUUCAGAGUAGCCUGCAGUGGCAUGGGCAAGUUCAUUUUGUCAGUUCACCUGCCGCCUGCAAAGAUUUGUUGUUUUUCAGCCACAAGCCGUGACAAACGAGGAAGUACUAGUCAAGUCGUGCCAAACGGAACUUAAUUUUGAACAGUUCUCACGUUUCGUCAAUUCGACCAAUUCGAGGCAUGGAGAUGAACUUGAUUUGAAGGACUGAAGAAAUUUAAAUUAACACCUCUGUCCAUGUGAGUACCAACUAAAGUCUUCCUUCACCGCUGGCCGGAGCAUCUCUUCCAAACCCACCCCGGAGAGAAAUGCAUCCGCAUCCGUGCUACCAAAGGCACCCCGCCGCCCAGCCCAAUUCCAGGCUCAAGACGCGCUCACAUUUUUGGUCCAGACACGAUACGGGAGGUUUAAGCCACAAGAAUCCACCCGCAAGCAUGGCAGAUCAUCGUUCGUGCCGCUGCCGCCGCUAUAUGCCAGGCGGGCGCCAUGGACAUGGACCUCGACCUCGCCGUGCAAGUCGCCUGUCCGCCCGCGCCCGGCGAGGACUUCGCCUUCGCCACCUCCGAGACCGGCGCCGCCUUCCUCGUCCUCGCCCACCUCCCUGGCUACGCCAAGGAUGAGGUCGAGGUCCGCGUCGGCGCGGGCGGCGCGGAGGUCGCCGUCGCGUGCGCCAGGAAGGAUGCGUUCGCGGUGGAGGCGGCGGCGGGGAGGGUGCGGGUCGCGCACCGGCAGGUGGUGGCCGGGUUCCGCCGCGUGUUCGGCGUGCCGCCGGGCGUGGACGUGGGCCGGAUCUCCGUCGGCUUCGAGGAGGACGACGGGCUGCUAGUCGUCAUCAUGCCCAAGCUGCGGCCGGACGGCGGCGGGGACGAGGAGGCGCGGCUCGACGUCGAGUGCUCCGGCGGCGAGUGCGAGUCGUCGUCCGGCGAAGGAAGCGAGAGCGACGACGUCGGCGUCGAGAUGGAGCUGGAGCUCGGCGACGAGGCGUCCAGCCUCGAGCUGGAGCAUGAGGAUUGGGUCGACGUCGAGUCGGAGGAGGACGAGCCCGAGCCGCCGCCGCCGCCGCGCGACGUGCCCGUGGUUACGGAGGUGCCGGUGGUCACGGACGUGGCGGUGGAGACGUCCGUGGAGGUGGAGGAGGACCGCGACGUGCCCGUGGAGACGUCCGUGGAGGUGGAGGAGGAUCGCGACGUGCCCGUGGAGACGCCGGUGGAGGUGGAGGGGGACCGCGACGUGCCCGUGGAGACGGCGGUGGAGGUCGAGGGCGAGCCGCGGGUGGUCGACAUCGAGUGCGACGUCGUGUUCGAGCCGGAGGAGCCGGAGCCGCUGGUGGAGACGCCGAUCGAGGUGCUCGGGCCGCCGCACCGCGAGCCCGAGCCGCCGGCCGACGUGCCGAACCCGCCGGUGGACAUCCCGUGCGACGUGGAGUCCAAGCCCGAGCCGGCCGUCGUGCAGGAACCCGAGGAAUCAAAGCCACCGGCCGAAGAACCAGUGCAGGAGCCGCCCGCGGAAGAACCAGUGGAAGAGCCGCCGCCACAGGCUGAUCCGCCCGCCGAAGAACCCGUGCAAGAGCCGCCGGCCGAAGAACCAGCGCAGGAGCCGCCUGCGGAAGAACCGGUGGAAGAGCCGCCGCCACAGGCUGAGCCGCCCGCCGUGCAAGAGCCGCCGGCCGAAGAACCGGUUCAAGAGCCGCCAGCCGAGGAACCCGCAGUGGAGGAGACGCCGGCCCAAGAACCGGUGCAAGAGCCGCCGGUCGAGGAGCCACCAAAAGAAUCGAGCCCACCUGCAGUGUCUCCGCCAGGCAGCGGCUCUGGCAGCGAGGAUGGCAGUUCUGACGGGGACGAGCCGGGAGGUGCUGGCGACGGCAGGAGGAGGCGCGGCGGGAGAGGAGGGCGACGGCCGCGGCGAGGCAGGCGCCGCGGGCUCCGGCUGGGCAUGGUGGUCGCCCCCGCGCUGAUCCUGCUCGGGCUCGCGGUGGCCGCGGCGAGGCGGCGGCGGCGGCAGCAGCAGCAGCGCGGGUGAGCCGGCCGGCUCCUCGACGUAUAUGACAAUUGACAUGUGUUGCAUCUUGUAUGUAGCAGCGUACGCGUAGCCGUGUGGACGUGUGGUGUAUUAUAUUGGUGUGUGCUUUGAUGUCCCUUGAGUCACUGACGCCUAGUAGUACGCAACGGAAUUUUCGUGUGAUUGUUAUAGCAAGUAUAGCUGAAUUUCAGAUUGCAAGCAUCUGUUGAUGUGUCUGCCA